GAGAGAGAGAGAGAGGAGGGUGUGCAGUCCUGCAAAGCCAGGUUUCCAGGAAGGAGCUCUCUGGUCUGUGUGUCACCCUGGUGUCUGGACCCGUGGUGUCUGGGAGGCUCUGUACUCCCCAGUGCCCCUGCUAAUGCCCCCUCACCCCACCACCCCAUCAGAGCAGGGUGGCAAACACGUUGCAGGCUUCACUCUAUUGGCUUGAAAUCCAGAACAAAGAGAGAGAAUUCCAAAAACAUGAAAAGAUGUUUUCCUUUUCAUGUUGCCUGUCAUCACUCUUAGUUCAACGUUGUUUGCAAACCGGAAAGCCACAGCUUAUGUUGCCAGGCAGUUUUCACGGUUAGCAUUAUCACCUCAAUCCACUUAGUGUAGUUGGAGCUUUCAAAGCAUCCCAGAGCAGAGUGUUCCGGCAUGUUCUCCUAUCCUCUCUGUCCCCGGCCUUGGACACAACUGACGCACGUUCUCUCCACUAAUUUUCCACAUCAAUCACUCCCAACUGUUCACAAGUCCGUAACCCCCUUCCACCCCCUGCUGUAACUGACAGGCCUGCCCUCCAAUCAGCAACCCUCAUCUGGUGUAGGAUGCUUAAUGGGCAAGGACGGGCGGCAGGCAGGCAGACCAAAACUAUUUUUAUCAGAAUUUCACAGAACUCCCCAGGAUCCAUCUGGUGGACAGGCACUGGGGCACGUUUUCCCAUGCCGCUGAUGUCACUGCAUGUGUGGAUGUGUUAAAAGGUGAUUGCUGGGGCAGGACGAGUGAUCUGGAAGAGGACUGAACGUGUUGGACAUGAGCGAGCGGAGGACUCUCCCUCACACACAGACUCCCUCCUCGGGCAGCAGGACCACUCAGUAGCUUCUGAGAUUGGGUCUGCCCAGGAACCUGGCGUGACCAGGGUUAACCAGGAGUAACAAGCGAUGACCAGGAGUAACCAGGGGUAGCUAGGAGUAACCAGGGGUAACCGGGAGUAACCAAGAGUGACUAAUAAGGAGUGACCAGGAGCCUCCCUGAGCCCCAGCUUCCCGUCGCCCCUCUCCACGCCCCUGCCACUCCCGGUCCCUCGGUGACAUGCCCCUGGGUUCGGCCGGGGUGCACCGGCCCGCCUCCCACCGCUCGAUCUGCACCGAGGUCCUCCUGGCACAGGGGGGCGACACUCCCUUCACCCAGCACUGCCGCAGUUAUGAGAACACAUACAGGACCCUCCAGGCAGACAUCCAGAGGCUGAAGGACCAGGUGCAGGAGCAGCACAGAGACCUGACCAAGCACCACUCCGUCAUCAGCACUGACAACAUGGGGGCCAUCCUGGAGCGCUCGCUAGACAUCGACAGCCACAUCUCCUCCCAGGUCUCCACCGUGGAGAACACCAGGGCCACGUUCCUGCAGGUGUGGGGCGAGAAAGUGCAGGAGUCAAUCAAUGAGCAGGAGAUCUAUGAAGCUCAGCUUGACGCCCUGCAGCAGCUGAAACAGGACAACACUUACCUGACCACCAUCGCUCGCCAGAUCCUUCCUUACAUCCUCUCCAUCGCCAAAGUCCGAGAGCGUCUGGAACCCAGGUUUCAGGAGACUGCAGCGGUUGAUGGUGACCAUACAGAAACCAUGCUGAAGAUCUAUGAAGACAGCAGCCCGGCCACAGACAAACAGGACAGCCCUCACACCGGCAACCGCUCCCUCAUCAUCCAAUCAGAGGAGGACUCUCCAAAGACCAACAACUGCCAUUGGCCCAGAAGGCGAAGGGAUAGCCUAGAAUCAACCAACCACAGCAAGAUGCCUUUAUAAACCCUCCUCCCUCCUAGCUGUUUAAUUUACCCCCCCCCUGUGCCAGCAUGGUUAUUGUUGGGUGGGGGUGGGCAGUGGAUGUGACAGUCUCCCUCUCUGGUACUGGAACUAGGACUGGCCAUUUCUGUCAAACAGAAUAGCCAGAAAUUAAAACGUUCACAGGAAAACAAAGAAACCCACCCUCCUUUCCGGUCCAGCUCUCAGAGAUGGCCUCAUCUAAAGACGGAACUGGAUUAAAGAUUAACGCUUAGAAAAAAAGUGUUGUUACUAGUUUCAGGAACUAUUUAUAUAAGUGAAAUACCUUUCGGUGGCAAGAAGUGGCAAUCUUCCUCACCUACCUUACAAUAGCUACUCCUCCAACCCCACCCCACCCCACCCCUCCUCCCCUCCACCCCACCCCUCCAAGCCUCAGGAAAUACACCCCCUCCUCCUCCCCCCCCCUCUCUCCACCUCUAGAACAUUAGUGAAGUGUCAGCAGUGCACUCUUACGUAUUCUGCCAUGCAGGAAAUCAGCAGGACCUACCUGUCUUCUUUCUCCUCCUUCAACCCCCCCAUCUUCCCCACCCUCACCCCCUUGUUUCAUGCUCAGCCUCUGCAUAUUAAGCAUUUCAGCUCCCGUGAGAAUUAUAUUUUCAAUAAACGGAAUCGCUAUAGCGUGGGUUUUCAUUUUGCUGUAUGUGCCAGCACACCAUCUAAUAAUGCUGGUAAUCUACACCCUGCAGACUUGAACUAUUGAUUUCUACAGUAGCUAGUGGAAGGUUCUUCCUCAGCUCGUCAUGGUCUCUCUGUUUGGCUUGCUCUGUUUCUCUCCUCUGUAAACCAGUUUAGU